AUGCAAGCUUCGGAAGGAAUGGCCAGUGUCGCUGCUCGCAUCCAAGAGCGCUCAUUGCAGCUCUCGUCGGAGCAAGCUGUAUUGGAGCUGGUUCAAUUGGAGCACGGUGAAUACCAGGCCGCACUGGACGCGGAGAAUCAACAGACGCGAGAAGUCCGCCGCAAGUUUCUCGAAACUGCAUCUAAUCGCAAUGGAGUGGAACUGGAACUGUGGAACGUUGAGUCAAAGCGACAAGAUUGUGUGGAAUCUACAAAGCGACAGGAAGAAGAAGAAGAACGUCUUUGCGCUGCGAGGAAUGAAAAGCAAGCCGAAUGGGAAGAGCUUGUCGAGGAUGUUCUGGCGGGUCAUGCUCUUGCACAAGAAACCUAUCGCACUACCUUCCAUAACAUAAGCAGACUUCGAAGCGAUGCAGUGUCCAAGCGCAAGCAACAGCUGGCUGCGCUCGAUGAUCACUUGAAAGGUCUGAACCGCCAUGACGACCCCUUGGCAGCAGAGAAGGAACGGCUGCAAAAGGCGUUGGAAGAACUGGAAGCCAACGAGCAAAAAGAAGAUGGUGAACUCGCUCGUCUUGCACAAGAAGUGCAAGAACAUGUGGCAACGCGCUCAAAGCUUCGAGAAAGUGUCAGAGCGCAUCAAAAGGCUUACCGCGAUGCCAAUGCAACCGCGCUGCUAUGGGAAAAGGAGUGCUGUGACAUGGAUGCCGUUCCCUGA